GAUGGAAUUCUGUGUGACGGCGCCAAGAGGUUGAUUCAAACCCCAACAAACCACCGUCGAACCGUCGGUGUGCAAGAUAUAGGCGUCAUGACUUUGAUGUAGAGGAUGAUCGGGCACUGCCAUAUACAUUUAUUGAAGUGUGGACCUGUAUUUGUUGUGGUCAGAUCUCGGCUGCACCGCAGUGGGUAUCAGACAGCUGAAGGUCGACUGACUGCCAACACCGUUCAAGGGAUGGAAUGCAGCUCGUUGAUUGCCCAUGUCCGACCCAUGAAUGAUGUCGAGGCGAGCUGUCUGUCCUUCCCCCCCUCUUCUAAAUAGCCGACUCCCUCUGCAAGAUGAGAGAAUAAACCCGCUUUCUUUCGCCAUCUCCGCGCAUCGUGACAGGCUGGGACUAUCGACUGUGUUUAGAGAGAGACAUGGACAGCCCUGACGAUCUGCUCAACCACCACCAUCACAACCACUCAUCACCAGCAGGGGGGUUCGGCAGGAGCAACAAUGCGAGGCCGUAUCGACUCCGCGCCGCCUGCGACAACUGCCACAACGCCAAGGUGAAAUGUAACGGCAAGAAACCGGUCUGUGGUCGCUGUGCCAGUACCCAGCAGGAAUGCACCUACAGUAUCUCCAUGGCGGGCAAAGUCCAGGGGAAACGGAAACGAUCUGUCCCGGCGGGCAACACGACGACCACCACAGUGUCCGAGGAAGGGAGACGGGUGGCCGGCACGCUCCUAACCCCAACCAGCAGCUCUUUAACUUCAACCCUGCCCAGCAUCGGCGAUUCGGGCGAGCUGUUGGGGCCCAGCCUGGGGCUGGAGGAGAUGGAUAGCUCCGCGUUUGAUCUCGACUCCUUUUCGGGAGCCCCAGAGUCCUAUUCGCGAGAUCUAUUCAGUACCGCCUUGAUCGAAUCCGGAGGAGGAGGGGGGCCAGCAGGAGAAGGAGGGGAGUCCGAUCUGAUCGGUCUACCAGACAGCGACAGUGCCUCGCAGACGGGGUCCCACCAGACGGGACUGUUCUCAGCCUACGACACGGCCAGCUCGUGGACAACAGACGGAGCAAGCAUCAGCAGCGGCGGCAAGGAUGCGACGACCACGGCGGGGGUGGCGGCGGCAGCCCCGCGGGGCGGCCCGCCCGGGAGCAGCCGGCCGGAGUCACGAGUGCCGUGCGGCGGGCUGGAGCUGGACGAGGACGACGGACGGGACGGGCCGGCAACGCUGGGAGUUGCCGACCGGGGCCCUGGCAGGGACGGCGGGGACGCCCUGGUGAACAACCACCAUAGCAGCUGCAGCGGCGAGGAUGACACAGUGGCGGCCGCGACGGCGAUGAGCUGGAUCACCCUGUUCCGCAAGCUGCAGCAGAACCGGCGGGCGACGCCGACGCCAACGCUGGACGUGGUGAUGGCGCUGAACCGGAUGGCAAUGGUGAAGAUCCAGCGCUUGCUGCACGAGUGGAAGAAGCCGACCUCGCUGCCGGCCACUGCAGCAGACGACGAGGGCGAGCUGACGCUGUGUAUGAUCCUCCAGUGCAUGCAGGAGAUCGCGGACAGCUACGGCCAGGCGCUGUGCAGUCUCGACCGCAGCGAGCAGGGCCGCCACCACCACCACGGGGGAUCAGGUCCCCAGCAGCCGGAAGGGUUGAGUCUGCGAUUUGGCGUCUUCCACUUCCGCCCACAGGAUGUGCAGGCCUUUUCGGCGCAUCUACUGCUUCUGGAGAUCCAGGCGGCCAUCGCGCUCAACCGCCAGAUCUGGACGGUGUUUCAGCAGGCGCAUGCCGGCGAUCCCGCCGUCUGGAGCCAGGCAAAGGACGCCUUGAGCCAGAUCCUGGCGCAGCUGAAGACGCUUGGCCGGCAGAGCACGUCGGCCAGUUACCGGCCUGAGUUGUGAUGUUCAAGGGUUUCUAAACCCUAAGUAUUUCCUGUGAUAUAGAUUUAUUAGAAAAUAUGCUACGCCCUCGCGGCAAUCACCUC